AUGACUACCGUACCUAGCCAGCGCGCUUCGCUGCUCGCCUCCCUCCGCACGGGUGGCGUCCGCAGUGUGUCGAGCCAAGUGCCGAGCACUGCUCCGCUGCUGUCACCCUCUGCCUCGCACUUCCCGCGUUCAUCGACGGUCGACUCCUUCUCGCAAAUCCAGAUGCAGGAGGCCGAGAUCCUCGCGGAUCAGUUCGUGCAGAUGCAGCUUGCCCAACACCCUCAGACUGCCGCUCCCAAUGCGAGCGUUAACGCUAUGCAUCUGCAACAGCAAAUGAUGUAUGGCAUGUCGGGGUACACACAGGAGGAAAUACUUCUUGCUCAAAUGCAGAGGCAGCAGCAGGUUCAGCUUGAGCUUGUGCGCCUUCAGCUUCUGCAGCACCAGGCUCAGGCCCAAGCUCAGCUCCUUGCUAUGCACGCCCAACAGCAACAGGCCGAAACCACCCGUCAGUCCCAGCACACCACGUCGUUUGACAGCCUUCGCUCUGCUGCGUCGUCCGCUGCAGCACGUCGUGCCUCUCGUGGCGCUCUCGAUGCGGUAGAGCCAAUGACGGCGGUCCUGUCCGGUCGUUUCGGAACGCGCCUCAACCCGCAGGCAAGCACGUUCCGCAGCGCCAGCAUCGCCGAGGAGACGCUCGGCACCAGCACGCCUUUGACUGCAGGCUUUGUUGUGCCCAGCACCGCUAAGGAGCCUGGACACAUUUCCCCGCCUCGCAAGUCUGACGUUGCGACGUCUUGGCGCCGUGGGAGCAGCGCUUCCCCCGCACCUGCACGGAAGACGCCUUCUCCCCCUACUGUCGUUGUCUCCCGUCCAGAUGAAUAUCCUGUCACGCCGGGGCUUACGACCGGUAGCAGCACCAAGUCCGGCCGUCGUCCAUCCCCACUGCAGCUCAUCGGGUCGCACUCCCCAAAGAGCGUGACCAGCGUAAUGGCGUCGAGCGAUGAAGAGGGCGUUGACUCGAUCAUGGAUGCCUCUCCGCCCGCGCUGUCUAACUCCCCGACCUCGUCGUCGCCAACGUCGGUUUCGCCGACGUCUGUACAUCACCCAGCCACGGCCAUCCCCGUCCCCGUGGAAGCUGCCAAGCGCCUGUACGAGGGCCUUGGUAUGGGACGCCCACACGUGCGAAGCGCUUCUGUCUCUGGUGCUCCCUCGGGAACACACACGCCGGUGGCGUCUAUUCUGCGUCAGCCGCGUGGCCCGCCCUCCGGCGCGGAUGAGCUCGGUUUGCGUAACUUUGCGAGCCGUGUGAGGAGGCGUGCCGUCUCCGGUUUGGAGGUGCUCAAGAGCGCCCGCGAGCGCGUGCCUGGUGAGGAGGUGCUCGUGUACUAA